GCUGAACCAGCUUGGCAUGCUUGCUGCACGCCGCCGCGAUGCCGCCGCUCGGGGUGGCGCGCGCGGCGUCGCGCCGCGCCGGGCCUCCCGUGGUGGCACGGAUGUCGGGCGCGUGCGACGCGAUAGCCUCGGCGAACAGGCUGAUAGGGUGGCACCUGCGGGCCGGCAGGCUGGACGCCGCGCGGGAGGUGUUCGACGGAAUGCCGCGGCGGGACGUCGUUUCCUGGAACUCCCUCAUGGCCGCGCACGCCAGGGCUGGGGCGCACGGCAGCACGGCUGCCGCGUUCGUCGAGAUGAGGCGCCGCGGGUUCCGCGUGGACCACGUCUCCUUCUCGACGGUGCUGUCGGCCUGCGCGCGGAUGGAGGCUCUGGAGCUCGGGAGGUGCAUCCACGGGCUUGCGACCAAGAUCGGGGCCUCACGGAACGUGUUUGUCAGCGCGUCCCUGACCACGAUGUACGCCAACUGCGGGCUGUUCAGCUGCCUUGAGCGGGUUGUGGAAGCUGUGGACAGUCCAAACGUGGCCUUGUGGAAUGCUCUCGUAUCAGGACUUGCGAUGAACCAUAGGGUCAAGGAUGCUCGCAGGGUCUUUGAUCAGAUGAGGGAGCGCAAUGUCGUGUCCUGGACUGCCAUGAUCCAAGGGUAUGUAAGGGUGCAUGAGUUGGGGAGGGCCUUCGAGCUGUUUAACUUGAUGCCUGCAAAGAAUUCUGUGUCAUGGUGCGUCAUGAUCGGAGGUUUUGUCAACCAUGAGCUGUUUGGAGAGGCAAUUGGUUUGUUCAAGACUUUGGUGAGUAGUGGGGAGGAAGUGACAGGUGCUGUUCUGGUUAAGAUUGUGAGCGCUUAUUCUAGCUUGAAAAGUAUUGGAGGAGGCAGAUGCAUUCACGGUUUCACUGUGAAGUCUGGGUUCGUUCUUGACCACGUCAUUGAGGCAUCCUUGGUUGUGAUGUAUUGUAAUUCCUUAGGUAUCAAUGAGGCAUGGUUGGAAUUUGAUAAAUUGGAGAGAAAGCAUGUUGGCUCAUGGAAUGCCAUCAUAUCUGGCUAUGUCCAUGCUGACAGGACUGAUGAGGCUAGACAGCUCUUUGAUUCCAUGAUUGAAAGAGACAAGAUCUCAUGGAACUUGAUGGUCAGUGGCUAUAUAAAAGAUGGGAGAAUUGCUGAUGCUACUGAGUUGUACUCAAAGAUGCCUGAAAAGAAUGUGGAAGCAGCUACUGCUUUGAUGUCUUGUUUUAUAGACCAUGGAAUGCUUUAUAAAGCCCAGGAUGUGUUUUACAAUAUGCCUCAAGUAGAUGUGAUAUCUUGCACUACUUUGCUCUUUGGAUAUGUGAAAGGAGGGUAUUUGGAUGAUGCACUAGACCUUUUCCACAGGAUGCAUAAAAGGACUGUUGUCACCUACAAUGUGAUGAUAACCGGUUUGCUUCAUCAAAGUAGGGUUACUGAAGCCUACAAGCUCUUUAAUGAAUCCCCAACACGUGAUUUAGUGUCUUGGAGUUGUUUAAUAACUGGGCUUGCUCAAAAUGGUUUGAACAAUGAAGCACUUAAGAUGUACAAGGAGAUGCUACUGUCAAAUAUACAGCCAAGCGUCUCAAUUCUUUCUAGCCUCAUCGGUUGUUUUUCACAUCAUUCUAUGCUGGUUCAUGCUCAGCAGUUCCAUGCCACAACUAUCAAGCUUGGAUUUGAAUCACAUUUGUUAGUUCAAAAUUCACUUAUUAGCAUAUACGGCAAAUGUGGUGAAAUGACUACUGCACAAACUAUUUUUUGUCAUAUGGAUAAGAGAGAUGUAGUGACAUGGAACUCAAUGAUUCAUGGAUACGCGCUCAAUAGUCUUGGUCAAAAUGCUAUUGAAACAUUUGAGAACAUGACAAAUGCUCAAGUUGAUCCUGAUGACAUCACAUUUCUCGGCAUACUUUUUGCAUGUGAUCACUUGAGCCUUUUGGAGGAAGGAAAACAUUUCUUCAGUCUGAUGACUAAUUAUGGAAUUUCACCGAAUAUAAUGCACUAUGCUUGCAUGGUUGAUCUAUUCCGUAGGAAAGGCAUGGUUGAGCAGGCUGAAGAGUUAAUGAAGUCAAUGCCAUUUGAACCAGAUUCAGCAAUCUGGACUUCUCUCUUAAGCAGUUCCAGGAUGAAUAAGAAUUACAGGUUAGCGGAGCAUGCAGCCAGUCAACUAAUUUCCAUCAAUCCUUCAUCUAAAAUGCCGUACCUUCAUCUCAUCAAUGUAAAUGGAUCAACCAACAUAUGGAGUGUGAUAAGCAAUACGAGAAGUCAAAUUAGAAAUGCUGCCACCGGGAAAGAAGUUGCUUAUAGCUGGAUGUGAAUGCAGUGCCAAUACUAGGCUGCCUACCAUCUACGACUGCUGAUUCUUAGAACAAGUUUUAUGUCGCCGGCUUGCAGACAUUGAUCACCUUCUGCAGAAAUUAUCCACUUACCAGAUGAUGUUUUGCAGACACUCAUGUCUUACAGUAACCUCUUUCUCUGUCGUUCUAAUGACUGUAAAUGAAGUAAUCCCUCUCCGGUAGUAGGUUAUAUGGAAUGGUUUACGUGAUCGAUUGCUCCUAUUCUCCACUGGGUUGAGCAUCGGUAUUCUAGCAUCUUCUCUGUCAAACAGAAUUUGAUAUGUUGAAGGGCACGCUGAAGCGAAUGGAGUUGGUUCAGGAUUUACAAGAUGAGCUGGAGAUAAAAGAGGGUUUAACUGUGAAAGAAUUGCCUAAUGAAACUUCUAGCAAACAUUAUGUAAAUGAUAAUAACAAAAUACAUGUUGAUCCGGAGCUGAUGAGCAAAAUCGAAGCUGAGCUUGAAGCCGAGCUUGCGAGACUGGAACUGAAUAUCACCUCGAAAGGUUUGGAAGAAGAAACAUCUGACUUCAAUGAGGUUUAUCAAGAGUUCAUUGGUGACAUUGUUUGUGGUGAACUGAAAGUUGAUAUGAUCUCUCGCGACCUCACAGAUUACAGCAGUGAAAGCUAACAUGGCAGGGACAGCAGAGAAAGUUCCCCAGAUUAUACACGUGGAGCAAAUUAUCCUGUCUCACCUAGAGAUCUCAGCAUUCGUCUCCACAAAGUGAUUCAACAUAGGCUUGAAGACCGAAUCAAGGAGCUUGAGUCAGUACUUGCCCAUAGACUGAAGUAGGCACAACUGCAGAUAAUGGUGGCUGAUCGAAUCUUUGAUGAACGAAUCUGCUCAAACAGUGAGUCAGGUUCUUCGUCCAACCAGGAAAGUCCCAUGUUCAUACAGGAAACUAGCUCCACAGCAGAACCCUAUUGUCUAAACCUAUCCGGAGAUGCACUAGAAGCUUUAUGAUGAAGCAUACGAAGAAUUCAUUAGAAUUGCUGACGAUCCCCUUGCACCACAAGUACAAAUGGGAAACCUCAGGUGACAGAAGAUUACUUGGUGGACCGUGGCUUGAUCUGGAACCUGGAGGCGGACAGCUCUAGGAAGCCGAAAGAAGUACCCACUUGGGAGCAAAUUCUGAAGAGUGUGGAUCCUAGCAGAGCUCAAGAGAGUGAUGGGGAUGCCGAAGACGAGAUCGACGAUGAUAGUAAAAUGCUGAUUCAGCAGAUUGUAGAGAGAACCAAGGUUCUCCUGUACUCAUUAACGCUCAAAAACUUAUGUUUUCUGUGGAUCAAUACGACAUUGCUUUUGAGAUGUCAUGCAGUGUAAAAUGAUCGAUGAAAGGGAAAUAUUGAUUUUUUUAACCUUC